AUGAUCGCUCUCGGGACGAAGCUCUUUAUCUUUGGAGGUACUUCUCGAAAAGGCACCCCAGGAGUAGCCCAAUGUGAUAUCUAUGACUUUGAACAGAGCAUGUGGAAAGAGGGCCCGCGGUUGCCGGUUGCAUUCCGAGGAGGCAGCAGUGUUUUGGUAAGGGAGAGAUAUGCCGUGGUCUUUGGUGGUAUUGGCCAGGGGGAGAAACAGUUGAAGCAGUCGUGGGUUUUGGAUUUAAAACCUUGGCUGGAAGCAGGCAGCGACACCGCAGAGGCCCCAGCUUCUUCUUGGUUUCGUGGCCCUGAUCUUCCCAUGGAGUUGGGCGAUCCCAUGAUUUGUUACGUUUCCGAUGCAGCGAGCGGUAGGCCAGAAAGCUGGAUCUUAGCCGCAGGCCCCUCGUUGCUUGGAAACUUUUGCGUGGGGCUGAAGAUUACUGCCGACGCCGACUUGACACAAGCGAAGUUCUGGCGAAGUCUUCGCUGGCUAUCAAUGGGUGCUACGCCGGAUUCAUACAUUCUCACCGGAUGCGUUGCUUCGAAAGGAUCGCUGAUGAUUGUCGGUGGGUACAGCUGCAGCGAAAACACGGCAACGGACAAGGUCUGGUUCCGUGAGUUCUCCCAGCAACCAGGCCUUCUGCUCCCGGCAGCGCCCAGUAGCGGCGGGGAUCUCAAAGAGAAAUCAGAGCUGCUUGAGCUGCAGAGGAUGGUGUUGAACGAUCACUUCCCCAUUGGAAGACUUGGUCUGCCGUUGUCUGAGGAGCAACUCUUUUCAUCGGAUGCUGUGAAAAAACUCACUUUGCUGCCUCCGGGUUUGUGUGACAUGUGCCUUGAUUCUGGUCGCUCCGUGGAGGCGUCUAGAACUGAUACAGCUCGCUUUUGCAUCCAGAAGGAUAAAAUGUCGCGACGAUUCUCAAUGUGCAGCCGUUGCUUUUGUGCUGCAACUGAAGUUUCAACCCAGGAGACAACAGAAACAGUGAAUGUUCUGGAACAUGCAAUGUCAACGCCCAACGAAGAGGAGAAAGAUGCAGGAAACACAUCAAUCGUAGGUGAAGGUGGGGAGGAGAAGAAGGAGGAGAGUACCGAAGAGGAAAAGCUCACUGAGGACCUUAAGGCUGUGCUGCUUGAAGAUUUUCACCGAUCGCUGGAGGAGGAAGGUAUCGUUGUGGACGGAAAGAACGUAGAGACUCUUUUUGAUGGAGUCUUUGGAGAAGAGAAAGGCGAGAAGAACAACCGCAGGGAAUCGACAAGAAACGAGCCAGGGCAGGUCUUCCGCAACAUUGUCUGGCGUGGCCAACAAGGCAAGCUCCGGUUGACUUCUGAUGGGUUCUCCUUCAAACCCAAAGGCAGCGCUUGCUAUUCUUGGCAAUGGUCGUCUGUGCAGAAGUGCCUCAUGGCUGCCAAGCAAAGCAAUCAGACCCAGCUGAAGCUAUCCUGCAAGCACAGCACAAGGAAAUCUGUGAUUUUCUCGCUCCGAACUAGAGAGGACUUGGAAGCCUUGCACAAGGUUGCGAAGAACUACAUGAGAGAGGCGCAGUCAAAGGGUGGCACCAUGCAUGCAGAUGAAUCGGAAAGAACAGCCUCCACCACGGAUACCACUGGCCGUGACGUUUCAGAGAGCUGGCUCUGA